UCAUUGACAUUUCUAUUGGCCAUCGUUUGUGUGAAAUUUUCGCUCGACAUUUGUCGUUCUUUUGCACACAUUCGAAAGCAGUGCAUUUUCAUCGGAUCACUACGUGGAAAUUGUGAGUGAAAAGUGUGCUGAAGUUAAUGGAUUGAAUUUUCGUGUAGCAACAAUUAAUUUAACAACGAAGCCAAUGUAUUUGCAACAGUGAAAUUAAAGCAACAAACCGGCUAAAUAAUAAAAGUAAGAAAAGCCAAUUUUACGUAAAAAUUGUACGUAAAUUUGGUCAAAAUCUGUGGAAAAGUUUAUUGUAUUUAUAGAAGUGUGUGUACAUGUAUCAGCGAAAAAAAUAAGUGUUUUUGCUUGAAGCGAAACUUGUACAAAAGCGUAAAAGUCAAACACGUGAAUAAAUCGCACAAGUAAAAGUAGUGCACAUUAAAAAAUAGGUGUAAAAGUUUGAAAUCAUACUAAAACCACAGGAGAAAGAAGAAUUGUUAUUUAUUUUACAUAUAUAUCUAGCUUAUAACAAUAUACGAGGUAUUUUAGGACAUUUGAAGUAAAUUCUAAUAAAAAAUUUUAUACUUAUAUAAAAAAUUACGUGAAUUUUAUAACAAUCGCACGCAUAACCAACGCAACUACAGAAACUGACCUCCACAGCAACGAGAAAAUUUCGGGCGCAUUAACAUGUCAUCAAUCACAUACAAGGAGCGUGUACUCAGCGCUCAACAGCUGAAAAAGUUGUCGGAACACAAAUACUCCUGCACAAGCAGCAGUCUGCUGGAUCCAUGGCUACAGCCUUGGUGGAAUUGGCUUGUCUCAAUGACGCCGCUAUGGUUGGCGCCCAAUCUCAUUACAAUCAUUGGACUGAUUGUCAACAUAGUGACAACAUUAAUAUUAGUAUCCUACAGUCCCGAUGGCAAGUCGGCGCCACCCGGCUGGGCUAGCCUGCUGUGCGCAUUCGGACUUUUUGUUUAUCAAAGUUUGGAUUCGAUCGACGGCAAGCAGGCGCGACGCACAAAUACCCAAUCGCCAUUGGGUGAGCUCUUCGAUCAUGGUUGCGAUUCCAUAUCGACCGUUUUCGUCGCGCUCUCCGCGUGUAUAUCCUGCCAAUUAGGACAAUAUCCAAAUUGGUUGUUCUUUCAGUGUUUUUGUGCCAUUGGCCUGUUCUAUUGCGCCCACUGGCAGACCUACGUUUCAGGCACGCUGCGCUUCGGCAAAAUCGAUGUGACCGAAGCACAAUUCACCAUCAUGGCUAUACAUAUUAUAUCGGCGGUGUUCGGCUCUGAUGUGUGGCAAGCGCGGAUGUUUGGUAAUUUUCAAUUGUGGUCCACCUUAUCGCUAAUGACCUUAGUAUGUGGUAUUUGGUCAUUAUGGUUUAUAUUCUCAGUUAUUUUGGCUGGCGGUGUUGGCAAGAAUGGCUCCACAGUUGCAAUUCCACUCAUUGGCGGUCGUUGGAAUUAUAUCAUUUUAAUCGGCAUUACUUUGGGUUAUCUCGCGAAUAUGAUCAACUUUUCGAAAAUGUUUGUUGAAGGCGGCAGUGGCAAAAAUGGUUCCUCCGUUGCUUUACCCUUGCUUGGCUGCGAAGCGCGUGUUUUAUCACUUUAUCUUAUAUUGGGCAUUUACAUUUUAUUUGUUUGUCGUUAUGCGCGUGUGAUUAUGACGGAAGGAUGCGGCAAAAAUGGAUCAUCCGUUGCUGGUACCAGCGUGCUUUCGCCCAGCAUACCGUUAACAAUGGUCAUACUACCCGCACUGAUAAUUGCUCAAAAAUCGCCACAAAAUAUUUUCACCGAACAUGCAUCGUUGUAUAUCUUGGCUUUUGGCAUGGUGGCCGCCAAGGUGACCAACAAGCUGGUGAUUGCGCACAUGACAAAGGCUGAGAUGGAGUAUUUGGAUUGGUCACAAUUGGGUCCGGCUUUGCUCUUCUUCAAUCAAUACUUCAAUUGUGUGGUGCCGGAAAUUUGGCUGUUGUGGUUCUCACUGUUCUGGGGCACGCAGGAUCUCAUACGCUACUGCUCCAAAGUGUGUUUGGAGAUUUGCAAUCACCUACAUAUUAAUCUCUUCACCAUCCCAUAUGCUGGCAAAAAUGCACCACAAACCGUCAGCCAAGGCACAAGUGCACCCACCACCAGCAUGAGUAUGAGCGCCACAGCGGCGGCUGGUGCGAGUGCGGCGGUGGCGCAUGACAAGAACGGCGGCACACAUCAUCGCAAGACGACGCGGCAGGCUAGCAAAAAGCAGCAACAACAACACUAGAAUUUUAUUUUAAAUUGUAUAAUUAAAUAGAAAAUCAACAAGAACAGGAAUAUACCCAACAACAAUGUAAAUCUCUAUGAAAUUGUUCCGUGUCAAUAUAUACAAAACAUACAAAGAAAGAAAAAAAACUUGAAACAAGGAAAAUACAAAUGUGGAGAAGACAAAAUUAUACUAGCGUAAACAAACCAGGCAAUUAAACUGAUGACUAGCGUAAAUUAAAAUACUGUAAUAAAAGAAAUUGCUAAGCAUAAGUAAAGCUAUAAGUUUUUAUGAAAAUAUUCAAAUGCUGA